CCGGUGAGGAUACCCGCCCGUGUGUGCCGCUUGGCUCCGCGGAGGGGGAAGAGUCCGGCAAACGGAGGCGGCAUCCUGAGUGCGGCGUUCACAUGGAUACCGCGGCCGCUGCUCCGACUGCGAUUCAUUGAAACAGAACAAACAGGAUUCUGCAGCUGAUCAGCAUGGAGCUUGGGAAAGCAAAAUUGCUUCGAACCGGAAUUAAUGUAUUACAUCAAGCUGUUCAUCCAAUUCAUGGGAUUGCCUGGACAGAUGGAAAGCAAGUUGCUCUCACUGCCAUUUACCUAGUCAAUGGUGAGGUAAAGUUCGGCGACAGCAAUGUCAUUGGAAGUUUUGAACAUGUCAGUGGCCUUCAUUGGGGUCCUGUUUGUUACACAGGGGCUCUGGCAUUGCUUGCUGUUCAACAUAAAAAACAUAUAACUGUAUGGCAAUUACAAAACAGUACCUUAGAACACAACAAACUUUUGGUUUCGCAAACUUGUGAACUGGGAGAGAUUUUUCCAAUAUUGCAACAAGGCUGUGUGUGGCAUCCAAAACAUGAUGCCUUAGUAGUACUAACGAAGAGAGAUGCCUCUGUGUUGUUUGCUGUGCAGAUUGAUAAUCGUAGAGUUAAAGCAGAUAUAAAAGGUAGUGGUUUGAUUCACUGUGCCUGUUGGACUGCAGAUGGGAAUCGCUUAGUGAUUGCUGUAGGCAGUGCCCUUCAUUCAUACAUUUGGAAUAAUACCCAAAAGACUCUUCAUGCAUGCAGUUUUUGCCCCAUAUUUGAUGUUGGAGGAUACAUCUGUGCAAUAGAGGCUUGUUUGGAUUUGCAAGUGGUUGUGACAACUGAAUUACCCCUUGACAGAAUCUGUGGUCUCAAUGCUGGUAUUACUUUUGAUGUUGCACCGAUGUCAGAAACUGGAUCUUUGAUGUCACGACCCACAAUGUUGGCAGUUGAUGAAAACCAUUCGAUGGAUGUGAGAAGAAAUUCAAUAGAUUCCUCAAGGUCUUUGGUAGAAGGACCAACACCCUCAUCAUCUGGUCCUUUAAACCUGACCCACCUUCUGGCAAAUCAUCGCAAAUCUGAUCCCAGCCCCCUUAUUCAUCUGAAGCGCAGGGAUUGCCUUACUGGAAGUGGUCACGACUCAUCACACCUGAUUCUAGUAACUUUUGAGAGAAAGGUAACAACAACUAGGAAAGUAAACAUCCCUGGGAUUCUGGUCCCUGAUAUUGUAAGUUUUGACUCUGAUCGAUGUACAAUCGCUGUAUCAUCCAAUACUUGUAACAUUAUAUUAGUGUAUUCAGUGACCCCUUCAAGUAUGCCCAACAUUCAGCAAAUACAGUUGCACAAAAAUGAGCGGCCAAAGGGCUUGUGUUUUCUGACUGAAAAGCUACUAUUGCUUUUGGUUGGGAGGCAAAAAUCAAAUGAUCUUGCUUUUCUCCCAUCUUCAAAUUCAGAUCGCUAUUUAAUCAGACUUAUGACUAAAAAACUAGUUUUGGAUGAUGGUUCUGUAUUGUCAGAGACUCUAGGGCAGCCUGGCAUUAACAUCUCCGGAAUGAAGAAGUAUUUUGAAAAUCUGUCCAAAGAAGAGCCAAUUACAGGAAAAGAACUAUUAUUGCCGGGGAAUACAGCAAUUCAAUUUCCAAGCAGUAGAAAGGGAUUGAUAGAAGAAGUGAAGAGCAGCAGUAGUGAGCAGAGCUCUGAAGCAAGUACUCCAAAACCAACAGAAGCAGUCUCAAACAGCGAGUCUGCAGUGAUCUUGAGGAGCUCAGGUGCAGAGCCUGUAAAUAGCCCCAUAACUAACCAUGGACUUAGGACACCGAAUAGGAAUUUGGCUAGUCCAAUCUUGUUUAAUGGAGAUCAAAAUACGCAGUCGUGUUCCGGUAUUUCACUGAACAUUGGUGACAAUUCAAAUGACAAAAUUGAACAACUGUCUAGAAAAAUGGAACGAUUAUAUGAAAGCUUCACAGAGAUGAGGCACUGUCUUUCUCAAAUUUCAGAUUACAUAAAAAAUGGAAAGAAGUCUUCAACUGCCUAUCCGUCUGAUCCAUCCUUUCUCUAUGUCAUCUGUCAGAAAUUGCUGCAAGAAAAUACAGUUGUGGAUGAAAAACGACCCUUUACUCUUUGUGAAGGCAGGCUUCGUCUGAGUACAGUCCAAGAAGUUUUUAAUCUCUUUGUUGUUGAAAUGUUUCAUGGUUCUAACUGGAUAGUUCUAACGGCAGAUGGCAAUGGAUUUGUUCCAAUAACAUUCAAACCCAAACAGGAAAUUAUGAUUCGUGAUGGGAUGCAAACUACAGGACCUAUAGAAUUCCUGCCACCUCCAUCUCCAACUGACAGUAUCAAUUUGGAAAAUCAGAAGAGUACACUAUAACCUAGUACAGAACGUUGAGAAAUGCUUUCUUUAACCUAGUGAAGCUGUAGUGAUGCCUGCAACAAAAAUCUUGUUUGUGAGAGAUCGCCUAUGUCUAGGCAAAACAAAUCUUGGGAGUCUGACAUUUGCGUAUGUGAAAUAACCUGGAAGCUGGAGACCAUGGCUGGAGAAGAUUGGUUUUAUCAUUAAAUGAGAAGUCAUCCAAAAUGAUUUUGCGACACACUUAGUUGUAUACGUACUUUCAUUUUUGUAAAAUAAACUGUAUUUCUUUGGAUUGGAAAGAGCAAGAAUGUGAAAUUAACAGCAAAAUAUGAGAAAGGGAAGGAGUUUUUAAAUCUGGCAUUCCUAUUACAACCCCUAAAAUCACUGAAGCAAUUAGUAAUCUCAGUCCAAUCGUCAUACUGUUAAGAAUGUAUUUUUCAAAUCUAAAGUCAGCAGGCUAGAUUUUCUGCUAUUGUAUCUUUGCCUGUCAGGACUUACCACAAUGAUGGAUUUGCCAAUUUUCCAGCCUCAAGUCAGUUAAAUAAUUUUGAUGAGCUCCCCAUCUUCUGCUGAAGAGCCUGCCUUGAGGAAGCUCACAGAUUAACUGUCAGGCCUUGGCUCUUUCCAUAGCUUAGCUGGCAGCUUCUGAGCUGUCUGCUCAAGUUAUUUACAAAAUAUCAAAAAAAUUCAUUUUCUUUGGAUGCCUUUUUUAUUCCUUUAGAAAUUUUAAAUGCCCCACCAAAGUUGAAUCAGCAUUACUGAUGUCCAGUUUUGCCAUGGUACAAAUGACAAAUACAUCAGUUGCAGUAUUUCCCAUCAUUUGCGUAGUAUCUGAAUAUGCCCAUGAGUAUUUGGAUGGGUGCAUUCUAUGCAUCCCAUUAUUUUUGGCAGAAAAUCCAAAAAGUAUAGAGUGCCAGUGGAAAAACUCGUAAACUGUCCUACUCACAUCUGCCGGAGUUACCCCAGCCUAUUUGCAGUUUUUUUAUGUCAUUGUGGCUCAUGAUGAAAAACAGAUUCUUGUACCCAAAGCUUUCAACCUUCCAACAUGAAAUAUUUACCGUGACCUCUCAAGUAACCAUUUAAAAGAAGCUAAUUUAGCAUACAUCUUUGAUGAUAAAUCAUAGUUUUGAGCAGAAUAGAAUGUUAUUGUUCAAAACUUGACUUUAUUCAGCUGAUUAUAUCUAUUGUAUCUGUUGCAGCAAAGAUUUGUAACAAAUGUGAAGAAAGAUUUCUGGGAACUUUCAUCUUGUCUAUUGUUUGAUGCACUCUUGCUCUUGAAAAUUGUGUCAUACUGUAUUCUUCAAAGAAAAUCUCAAGUACUGAACAACUUGGAGAACUGAAAGAUCCCUUAAUGUUACAUUUGAUGGGUUAUUUUUUGUUUUGCUGUCUAACUUAGAGAUGCAGCUGGAAACUACAUAUAACAUUGGUUAUUUCUCAGGCUAGGCUGUAGACAUUAGGGUUGAUUUACUGAGUAAAGGAGCCUUUCCCACUGCCAGUUUAUAGCAAUAAAUUGCCCUCAUGCUUUUUUCCUGGAUAGAUCAUCGCACUAUUGGUGGGCAAAAUGUGCUGUUGCUGUAGUAUUUUGGAGAUAACCAUCCAAAGCGGCAAGGUUUUAUUAAAGCCUUAGAAGCAGCAGAUACACUGGUUCUUGGUCAGAAUCCAGACUGGUGAACUAUUUUUGUGUUUAGCUUCACGUUCAUAUAUUUAUUUUAAAAUGUAGUUACUGUAUCUUACAUUUCUUAGAUUAUAUUUUAUCAUUCUUAUGAACUCAUUUGGCUAAACAAUGAGCAAGUGGAUUAGGUUAACGCCAACAGCAUGGUUGAGGAGGACUUGGGGCCGGCUUUCUUACCCUACCCAUAGUAUUCGGUGAACAUUUGCCAAGGAUCUGCCUUCAGGCAGAGAGCUCAAGAAGAAUGUUAUAAUAUACAUUGUUAGAGACAGCAUCUGUAAAAAGCUAUUUUGGAGUGAAUUGAUCUUCAUUUCACAAGCCAAAAAAUGGGCUGUCUAUACAAAUAAAAUUUAUUUGAUUUAGAAGUGGGUUUUUUGACCUGAUUUCUUUUGUACUCCAUCAGUUGGCUGCAACAGGGCAUUACAGAAAUUCAUACAGAAAAAUCUCUAAUUUAGUUCAAUAUUGGACAGAAUGAAUCUGUAAUUUCAAACUGCUUGUUCAAUCAAGGUUACGUUCCUUUAAGUAAGGAAACUCCCUGCCUUUAAAUUUUCACAUUUCCAGAUCUCUGUAAUCUUGUAAUUGAUUUUCAUUUUUCUCCAUCUUAAUCUCAGAUGCCAAAUCAGUCUGAUGUCCACGUUCAAGAACAAUAUUUAUUUGAAGCUUUAUUUUAUAUCGCUUUCAUGAACCUAAAUUGACUCCAUCGCUGUUUCUUUGUUCAACACAUUUCAUAGCAGUGAAAUCAAACAACAAUUAAAUUGUUUACAUAUUAA